AUGGACUCUUCAAUACCAACAGGCUUACCGCCCAGGGCUCUCGAAGAAUUACAAGAGCUGAAUAAUGAGUUUAGUGAUGGAUAUCUGACUGAAAAGGGAUAUAUCAAGAAAAAGAAGGCUAUUCUAUCCAAAUAUGAACCUAACACACAGAUUUUUACUGAACAUUCAACACCUGAAACGUCGUCUAGAGCUCAUUCCCAUAAUAGAGCUUACAAGCUACAAAAACCAUUGGACCCUAGAGUUAUCAACAGUGAAAUUACCAAUGUUGGCUCAUUUGACACUUUGGCAACCAUUCUAAGGCAUCGUUCUUCUACAUAUCAAAGAGAAAUCGCAUUAGUUAUAGUGGACUCGAAAGGUAAAGAGUCUGUUACCGUUACAUGGGAGAAACUAUAUUUGAAAGCUGAAAAAGUUGCUCAACAGAUUAGAGAUAAAUCAGGUUUAUACAAAAAUGAUCGUGUUUGUUUAAUUUAUCAAAAUGUUGAAGUGGUUGAUUUUACAAUUGCACUAUUUGGCUGCUUUUUAGCCGGUGUUGUUGCAGUUCCUAUCACGUUAGAUUUGAAACUAUCAGAAAUUGUCCAAAUUAUGAAUCAAACUCAAUCACAUUUAUGUCUUACUUCAAAACAAGUUGCUGAAUAUCUAGAUAAGAAAGUUAAUGCAACGUCAAAAAUAAAGUGGCCUAAAGGUUUAGAAUUCUGGAAGACAACUGAUUUUGGUACGUAUCAUCCCCAAAAGAAGCAAGAUCCACCAAUUUUACAGGUUCCUGACUUGGCCUAUAUAGAGUACGUGAAAUCUCCAGAUGGUGAACUGAGAGGAGUUGCAAUCUCACACAAAACUAUCAUGCAACAAAUGAACUCAUUGACCAAGAUUUUGUCAUCAAAUCCUAAUUAUAAUGGUAAAUCAUUCAAAAGAUCAGAUUUAUCAUUCACUAGAAAUAAAAAUGUGAUGUUGAAUAUUUUGGAUGCUAGAAAAUCUGUUGGGCUAAUUGUGGGGACUUUAUUAAAUGUGUUCUCAGGGAACCUCAUGAUUUGGACUCCUUCAAGUUUAUUGGAUGUUGCAGGUCUUUAUGCUAAUAUUAUAACCAGAUUUGGAGUCACUGUUUUAUUGAACGACUAUUUGAGUCUGAAACAAGUUGUCUAUAAUUACCAGUCCUUUCCACAGUAUACACGAAAAUUCUCCAAAAAGGAAGUUGACUUUUCAUCUCUAAAGUGGUGUUUGAUUUAUACAUCUAUUGUUGAUGGUGAAUUUCAUGAGAUUUUAACAAAUCGUUGGUUAAAGCCUUUAGGCUGCAGAAAUGUUGAUAAUGUUGUUGCACCUUUGUUGACUUUGAGUGAGUUUGGAGGUAUGGUCAUAUCAAUGAGAGACUGGCUAGGGGAAGAACAUAAACUAAAUACAACUUUUAAUCAAUCCAUGAACGAUGAUGGUGAAAUCAUAUCCAAAUCAGUUUCCAACUUAUCAGAAGUUCUUAUAGACAAGAACUCUUUAACCACAAACACUGUGAAGGUGGUUUCUGAUAGACCACCACCAAUUACUGAAAAUUUUAGAUCUUCGGAUUUCAUUAGGAUUGGAUCUUUUGGUUAUCCACUACCAGAUGCAACAUUAGCUAUUGUGAAUCCGGAUACUUGUUAUUUAUCUGGGGUAAUGGAAGUUGGUGAAAUUUGGAUUGAUAGUGUAUCAUUGCCAGGUGGAUUUUGGGGUUUACCGACAGGAACUGAAAAUAUUUUCCACGCUCGUUGCAGAGAUCAUGAAGGUGUUCUGGAUUUGGAAUUCUUAAGAACUGGGUUGUUAGGGUUCACUUAUAAUGGUAAGGUCUAUGUUUUGGGUCUUUAUGAAGACAGAUUACGUCAAAGAGUGACGUGGAUUGAUAAGAAGGCUAUUAAACCUGAUGAUAUUCAAUAUAAAUACCACUAUUCAGACCAUAUUGCCUAUACACUAGCUAGAGCUAUUCCUCAAAGAAGGGUUUCUGAUUCCUCAACAUUUGAUGUUUUGAUAAACAAUGAGUAUCUGCCGGUUGUUGUUAUUGAAAGUGCAUUCGCCACUCCAUCUGAAACUGGUAUGGUUGAUAUUCCUGAAUUAGAUUUGAUUGCAUCUAAAAGUUUUGUUGUUUUAGAAAGAUACCAUAAUGUUCGUCCAUAUUGUGUUUUGAUUCUUCCACCAGAUACGCUACCUAGAACUAUAAAGAGUGGUAUCCCAGGUAUCGCUAAUAUGUUGUGUAAGAGACAGUUUCUAGAAGGUAAUUUGAGAUCGGUUUUUGUCAAAUAUAACAUUAGAAGAUCAAUCACAGAGGUUCCAAGAUCAAAGUACUAUUUGGAUAGUGUUUGGAGUAAGACUGUUUCUGAUCAGAGAUUUAUUUCAUUGCAAAAUUCAGAUGAUCAAUAUUCCGGUCUUGAUUACCGUGAUACAUCGAUAGAUGACAGAACGAAAAGACCGUUGACAGAUUUCAAAUCAAUUGUGGAGAUACUACAAUGGAGAAUCAAACAUCAAGCUGAUGAACUAGCCUUCUCCACCGUUACAAGGGGUGCAACAGCUAAGCAAACUUCAUGGAAGAAAUUUGAUAAUAAAGUUGCAGGUGUUGUCUCAUUAAUUUUGGACAAAAUCAAAAAAUUCAAGAUGAAAGUUGGUGAUCAUGUUAUAUUAAUGUAUACUCUAUCUGAAGAUUUUGUGUGUGCCCUUUAUGCCUGUUUCUUAACAGGUAUGGUUCCAAUUCCAAUGAAUCCAAUUGAUGCUAAUAGAUUGAGUGAAGAUAUCCCAUGUCUUGUUAGUGUUAUAAGAGAUUAUCGUGUCAAGACAAUCAUGGUGAAUAAUGAUGUUGAAGCUAUAUUGAAAAAUAAACCAGUUUCACCACUGUUGAAAGAGUCCAACGCUUAUCAAACUAUCAAAUUGAGAAAUACGUCCAAAGCUAAAACAAGUGCCUCUUUGUGUAGUCUCCAAUCAAGAAUUGACCCAUUGUUCAAGAUCAACAAUGCUGUGGAAAGUGGCUCGACUGCGUUAAUUUGGUUAAGCUAUUCUGAAGAUGGUCGUCGUUUAGCAGUCAAAUUUACUCACAAUACAAUCUCGUCUGUUUGCAAAAUCAUGAAGGAAACAUGUCAACUUGAAAGCAAAAAUCCAGUCAUUUCUUGUGUCCGUCAUACAGCUGGAAUUGGAUUUAUUCAAAGUGCAUUGAUUGGUGUUUAUUUGGGCUCUUCAACCCAUAUAAUUCCCCCAAUUGAUUUUGCAACAAACCCAUCACUAUUUUUUUUGACUCUUUCAAGAUAUAAAGUAAAAGAUGUUUAUGUUACACCACAAAUGAUGGAAUAUGCCUUGAGAAAAGUUAAAUCAAAAGAUUUCAAUUUAGACAGAGUUAAAAACUUGAUGAUCGGUUAUGAUGGGAGACCAGAUGUUAAUUUAAUUAAAAAUGUUGCUGUUCAGUUUUCUCCAACCAAAUUGAGUUCUUCUGCAAUCAAUCACAUUUAUUCUCACAAUUUUAAUCCAAUGAUUACUUCAAGAUCUUAUUUGUCAUUUGAUGCUAUUGAUUUAUGGAUAGAUCCUGAUGCAUUACGUUUAGGUUUGAUUUCAAUCGUCAACCCUUCGAACAAUCCAAAUGCCAUUCAUCUUCAAGAUUCUGGUAUUGUUCCAGUAUGUACACAGAUUGCUAUUGUUAAUCCAGAGACUCGCAGACUUUGUAAAGUUGGUGAGUUUGGUGAAAUUUGGGUUUGUUCAGAAGGUAAUGUCCAAGGUACCAUCAGCAAGCUUUACAAUAAAUCCAUUGAAACUUUUGAUAAGUAUCAAUUCAAUGCCAAGAUUGAAGGUGGAGAUAACAGCUUAAACUAUAUCAGAACUGGUGAUUUGGGUUUUUUGCAUAACGUUUCAAGGUAUGAUAAGUCAACAGCCAUUGAUUUCCAACCUUUGUUUGUUUUAGGUCAGAUUGCUGAUACAUUUGAAUCAAUGGGAUUGUUACAUUUUGCAGGAGAUGUUGAAACUUCUAUUGAGAAUUCACACCCUGAAAUAAGAUCCGGAGGCUGUUGUGUUUUCAAAGCUGGUGGGUUUGUUAUUGCUGUUAUUGAUAGUAUUAGAGGCAGAUAUUUAUCUUCCUUGGUACCUGUGUUGUUCAACAAGGUCUUAUCAGAUCAUUAUUUGAUACUUGAUAUUGUUGCUUUCACAAAGCCAAAUGCUUUUCCAUAUUCAAGAUUAGGCAUCAAGCAAAGAAGAAAGGUUGUUGAUUAUUUUGUGUCCAAGAAAUUAGCAGUCCAAGCACAAUAUGGUAUCAAUCAAGCUGUUGAUGUCGUUGAUUGCGUUGCUGGUGCUGGUGGUGCCGGGCUGAAUGAGAAGGCUGGUUUUUCCGUGGUUGGUGUAGAUGAAGAACCAAAUAAAGGCUUUGAACUUUCUCCCAAUGAAAAUGCUGUCUUUUUCGGUGCUGGUUCCUCCUUUGUCUCUGUUGUUGAUGGUGCACCAAAAUUGAAUCCUGAGGGUUUGAAAAAACUACCAAGUGAAGGUUUUGAGGCUUCAACCGAGGUUGAAGAGCCAAAAUUGAUGGUUGGCUUCGACGAGGAAGCGGCAGGAGCGAAGUUGAAUGCUGGCUUCUUAUUCUCUGGUUCUCCUUCAGUAGCUGGUUUGUCAUCCUUUUUCUCAGUUCCCAAAAACCCAUUUGCUGGAGCACCAAUUGAGAAUGAUGGUUUAGAAACUUCAUUUUUAGGGUCAGCAUUUGUGCCAAAUGAGAAUACUGGUUUUUCACUAGCUUCCUUUGGUUUCUCCCCAAAUGCAAAUGAUGGUUUAGCAUUAGAUUGA